CGAGGAUCCGCGCAGUAGCAGGAGAGGAAAGCGGCCCCGUCGUGAUAUUCAACCCACAAAGCAAUAUUGAUGGAGUGGCAGCCGGAUGAGCAGGGACUUCAGCAGGUCCUCCAACUCCUUAAGGACUCUCAAUCACCAAAUACAACCACACAGAGAGCUGUCCAACAAAAACUUGAACAGCUCAACCAAUUCCCUGACUUCAACAACUAUCUCAUCUUUGUCCUCACACGACUGAAAACUGAAGAUGAGCCCACUCGCUCUCUGAGUGGUCUGAUCCUGAAGAACAACGUGAAGGCCCACUACCAGAACUUCCCCUCGGCUGUGGCAGACUUCAUCAAGCAGGAAUGUCUCAACAACAUAGGCGACCCCUCGCCUCUCAUUCGGGCCACCAUUGGUAUCCUGAUUACAACUAUUGCCUCCAAGGGAGAGCUUCAGACAUGGCCCGAGCUGCUGCCCCAACUCUGCAACCUACUCAACUCAGAGGACUAUAACACUUGUGAGGGCUCAUUCGGAGCGUUGCAGAAGAUCUGUGAGGACUCGUCGGAGCUGCUGGACAGCGAUGCUCUGAACAGACCCCUCAACAUCAUGAUUCCCAAGUUCCUCCAGUUCUUCAAGCACUGCAGCCCCAAGAUCAGGUCCCAUGCCAUAGCCUGUGUGAACCAGUUCAUCAUUGGCAGAGCCCAAGCCCUCAUGGACAACAUAGACACAUUCAUAGAGAGUCUGUUUGCGCUGGCAGCAGAUGAGGACUCGGAGGUGAGGAAGAAUGUGUGCCGGGCCCUGGUCAUGCUACUGGAGGUCCGCAUCGAUCGGCUCAUCCCUCACAUGCACAGCAUUAUUCAGUACAUGCUGCAGCGGACCCAGGACCCUGACGAGAACGUUGCUCUGGAGGCCUGUGAGUUCUGGCUGACCCUGGCAGAGCAGCCGAUCUGUAAGGAGGUGCUUUCUGGGCACCUGGUGCAACUGAUUCCCAUCCUGGUGAAUGGGAUGAAGUAUUCAGAGAUUGACAUCAUACUUCUCAAGGGUGAUGUGGAGGAGGAUGAGGCAGUACCGGACAGUGAGCAGGACAUCAAGCCUCGCUUUCACAAGUCGCGCACUGUCACCCUCCAGCAUGAGGGUGGGGAAGGAGAGGAGGACGAAGACAUAGACGAAGAUGAUGAUGAUGACGAUGAUGACACACUGUCUGACUGGAACUUGCGAAAGUGUUCUGCAGCAGCCCUAGACGUGCUGGCCAAUGUCUUCCGUGAUGAGCUGCUGCCCCACCUCCUUCCCUUGCUCAAAGGCCUGCUCUUUCACCCCGACUGGGUUAUCAAGGAGUCUGGGAUUCUUGUGCUGGGUGCUAUUGCUGAAGGCUGUAUGCAAGGCAUGGUGCCAUACCUGCCAGAGCUUAUUCCCCACCUCAUCCAGUGUCUGUGUGACAAGAAGGCCCUGGUGCGCUCUAUUGCCUGCUGGACCCUGAGUCGCUAUGCUCACUGGGUUGUCUCCCAGCCCCCGGACUCCCACCUGAAGCCCCUCAUGACUGAGCUGCUCAAGCGCAUCCUGGAUGGCAACAAAAGGGUGCAGGAGGCUGCCUGCAGUGCAUUUGCCACCCUGGAGGAGGAAGCAUGCACAGAGCUAGUGCCCUACCUAAGCUUCAUUCUGGACACGCUGGUCUUCGCCUUUGGAAAGUACCAGCACAAGAACCUGCUCAUCCUCUACGACGCCAUAGGGACCCUGGCCGACUCCGUGGGACACCACCUUAACCAGCCUGAGUACAUCCAAAAGUUGAUGCCCCCGCUCAUCGCCAAGUGGAACGAACUUAAGGAUGAAGACAAGGAUCUCUUCCCACUGCUGGAGUGUCUAUCUUCAGUAGCCACAGCUCUGCAGAGUGGCUUCCUGCCAUACUGUGAGCCAGUCUACCAGCGCUGCGUCACCCUAGUCCAGAAAACACUAGCUCAGGCUAUGAUGUACAACCAACACCCGGACCAGUAUGAGGCACCUGACAAGGACUUUAUGAUAGUGGCCCUGGACCUGCUGAGUGGCUUGGCUGAAGGCCUGGGGGGGCAUGUGGAACAGCUUGUGGCUCGCUCCAACAUUAUGACCCUGCUCUUCCAGUGCAUGCAGGACAGUAUGCCGGAGGUGAGGCAAAGUUCCUUUGCUCUGCUUGGUGAUCUAACCAAAGCCUGCUUCCCCCACGUCAAGCCCUGUAUCGCUGAGUUCAUGCCCAUCCUGGGUCUCAACUUAAACCCAGAGUUUAUUUCGGUGUGUAACAACGCCACCUGGGCCAUUGGCGAGAUCUCCAUGCAGAUGGGUGCAGAGAUGCAGCCAUAUGUGGGCAUGGUUCUGCCGCACUUAGUGGAGAUCAUCAACAGACCCAACACACCCAAGACCCUGCUAGAGAACACCGCCAUUACUAUUGGCAGGCUAGGUUAUGUCUGUCCCCAGGAGGUGGCGCCACAGCUGCAGCAGUUCAUCAGACCAUGGUGUACAUCAUUGAGGAAUAUUAGGGAUAAUGAAGAGAAGGAUUCUGCAUUCCGGGGCAUCUGCAUGAUGAUCGGCGUCAACCCCGGUGGUGUGGUUCAGGACUUCAUUUUCUUCUGUGAUGCUGUGGCCUCAUGGGUCAACCCCAAGGAUGAUUUGAGAGACAUGUUUUAUAAGAUCCUUCAUGGCUUCAAGGACCAGGUGGGUGAGGACAACUGGCAACAGUUCUCGGAACAGUUCCCUCCUCUGCUGAAGGAGCGCCUGUCGGCCUGCUACGGUGUCUAGCCCAACCUCUCCCUGGUCCAUAUGGGACACUGGCCUGUUAGGUUCGUCUAAGGGGAGGGUUGCUGGGGAACUCAUCCAUCUGUGUAAUUGCACUGCCCUGACCGCGGGGAGAGAAAAGGAGAGGGAGACACAUGAUCGGCCUUGAUCCUCCACUCUGCGGACGGCCCCCUUUUCCCCCAGUGCCCUGUGUCUCUUUUAGGGUGGGAGGAGGGUGGUGGGUGUGGGAG